UUACAUGUGUUUGUGAUUAUUAUCUUUGGUGCGAGUGGCCGUAGUUUCAAUGAAUGAGUUAUUUCUGUAAUUUACGAUAUCUGUCAAAAAGCUGCAGUAGCUGAUGGAUGUAUUGUAGGUCAGUUGCCACAGUCUUUACUUGCCUUCAGAUGUAUGCUAUUUGCGUGGAGUUUGUGUUUACUUAACCUAUGCGAGUGAUACCGGGGUCCCGUACUUUUCUGAAUGUCUAUGUUCGCGUUGGGAGUUUUAUGUUCCAAAUGAAUUCAUCCUUCUGUACGGAAAAAAUAAGUGUUCUUCGCACGAGUAGCAGAACAUUUUUGCAGUUUCAGACUUGUAUUAUGAUCACCCUCACACGAAAGCUGAAGAAAGAAACUGAUGCUCCUCCGAACACGCCGACCGAUGCAAAUAAACGCGUUUCUGUGAGGGACAAGCUUCUGGUGAAAGAGAACCAAACUGAACCACCUGUGGGAAUUGUAUCUCCAGAAGUAGAUCUACAUGCCAACAAAACAUUACUCCACAGACCUCCCAAGAAGUCAUAUCGUGGAGUCGCCACUAAGUAGUUUGGGGGGAUGCAUGGGUGCUUACAACAUGGUGGAGAGCACUGUGAGAAGAUAUGAAGGUUCAAGAAAUGGAGCAAACUUUGCCUGUCACUUGCAAGGUCCACUUUGACAAUCCAGAUAUUCUGUAUGAUUUUACUUUAACGGUAAUGCCAGAUGAAGGAUACUGGAUGGGUGGUCGUUUCGUGUUCCACAUUCAUGUUACUGAAGAGUAUAACAUGGCUCCUCCAUCAGUAAAAUGUCUAACAAAGCUAUGGCAUCCAAAUAUCAGCGAGGAUGGUGACAUCUGUCUUAGUUUAUUAAGACAAAAUUCUAUAGAUGGGAUGGGCUGGGCACCAACACGAAAACUGAAGGAUGUGAUAUGGGGAUUAAAUUCUCUCUUUACGGAUCUUCUGAAUUUUGAUGAUCCACUCAACAUAGAGGCAGCAGAGCUUUACACUAGGGACAAGGAUGCAUUUCGAAGCAAAGUUCGUGAAUAUGUAAAUAAAUUUGCAAAGAGAUGACUACAUCAUGUUAUGUUAAGUGCAGCAUUUAUUUUUGUUGAAAGCAAAGUUUUGCUGUUCUGACAUAUCUAACUCCUUCUGAAGUAUUAAGGAAUUAAAAAAAAAAGGAAAAAAAACUUGUGCUGUAUUAAGAAUGUGUGCUAUUUCUGCAAUGAAAUGUGUUGUGUUAGUAUUAUUUAUAGCAACAAAUGAAAAACCUGUGGCAUAAAGAGAGGAUGUUUGCUUCACUGUAUACCAUGUUUCUAAGUGUAAAAAAAUUAAACACUGGAUGGGAAUAAUUGAUAAUCAAGAGGUGUCACUGGUGCUAUACAUCUUCCUGAUAGGGGUGCUAAAACUUAAAAAAAGCAUUUCUGGAAAGUGCUUCAUUAGUGAGUCUUUUCUCCCCCAGGAACACUGGAGCUUUUGGCUCGUAUAACUUUGACCCAUUGGCCAAUAUUUAUUUAUAGUUUGCUGAAGCCAAUCCUGCAUGAAGCUGAACUAUUCAAAUAAUUGAAAAUGGCAAAAAUAAUAUAUACCAAGUUUCACGGUUCAUUGAAGAGGGAGAUCUGCGAUUUGCACCGUUCAAAAUUUCAACAUUCAGGAUCAAUACCCCUUCCACCAGCCAGUGUUCUGACUGAGAUCAAACCAAUCAGGUUCUUUCUCUGUUUUCCCGCAGUCCAUGAUUCACUAUCAUGCAGUGCUGUGCUUCAUACAUACAUUCUCACAAUUUUCUUCCUCUAAAUUAAGAUUGUGUCUUACAUUAGCAGAUUUCUUUUGGCCAGGAGUGACCUUUUUGCCUUAGCUAAUCAGAUUUUUAAGUUCUCAUUGUUUCCAAGGCAGCAGAAUUACUUAACUUCCGCUACUCCUAAUUACUUUCAUCUUUAUUAAAUUUACUACAAUUUUUCCUCAUGUUCACCACGGGUAGCAAUAUCCUUUCACUCUUAAUUUUAAUCAUGCUCCUGAACCUUUUAUUAUAGUCAUUGCUUGAUGUAUAGAUUAAGCAGUAGGGGCGAAAAAUAUCACUACCUUACAGCCUUUAUGUAUUUCUCUAUAGCUUCACAUUGUUCAUUCCCCUCUCUCCUAGAAAUCCUGUGAACAUAUUUUACUCCCAUUGUCAAGUGCAACACCAUACCUGCCUCUCUGAUGGCUGUACCUUAACUAAACUUAAUCUGAUCACAGAUCCUAAAUUUUCAUUACAAUAUUGUAGUAUCUGAUGCUGCCUGUAGUAAGGUAAUAAGUUAGUCUGUUAUUUUUAGCAAAAGUGUUAUCACAAUAAGCAAUUGAAAUUUAAUAUACCUUCCAUCAAAUUUGGGCGAAUGUCUGGCAUACAGCUUAAUAUAGUAGUUUUUAGACAAAGAUUUCUACAACAAUUUAUUUCACUGAAAUGUGUACAUUUGGUGUAUAAGGAUAACAUGAAUCUGCCAUAUUAAAAAUGCAUAGUUGAAACACUCCAACAAUAACUUUGCAAGUUUGCAUAUCAAACAACACACGUGAUAAAACUAUUUCAAACAUUUUAAAUACCCUUCAUAAAUACCCACAUUUUCAUUGACAUUGCAACAGUCAUAAAAUCUUCCAUAUAUUCAGAUAAACAAUAUAUUAGGCACAACACACUCCUUAAUCACAAUAUAAUUCCACAGGUAAGUACAAAAACACAGCGAGUGCUCUGAACAGUGAUCACAAACUAACAACUAAAACACAAUUCUGUGAUAAGACAAUGUGACAAAUCAUUUAUAUUUACAUUCCACAUCAGAAAAUGAUGAGACACACAUGAAUAAAAACUCCCAUGAAUAUAUACUGACUGAUGGAAUGCUAAAAUUGCAUGAAAAAUUUAGACUGUUGUAAAGUUUUUAAACUGAUUGACCCAUUUAAAAUUUGUCAGUUACAUCAUUAUAAUUUGGACAGUAUAAAAGUUAAAAAAAAAAAAAAUCGCAUUUCGUC